CAUAUCUCAAAGAACAAAGUGAAAAAAAGGAAGAAGAGAUCUACCAGAGCAGAAGCAAACAUGAAUACCCUUUUCCUUUCCCUACUCAUUUCCAGUACCCUUCUUUCACUCUCCCUCUCAAAAGAACUUUGCAAUCCCCAAGAUAAACAGGUUCUCCUCCAAAUCAAAAAAGAUUUUGGCGAUCCUUACCUCUUAGCCUCAUGGAAGUCAGAUACUGAUUGCUGCACAGACUGGUACCAGGUUGAGUGUGACUCCACAACCAACCGCAUCAUUUCUCUCACCGUUUUUGCUGGCAACCUUUCUGGCCAAAUCCCCGCUGCAGUUGGGGACUUGCCCUAUCUCCAGAACCUUGUGUUUCGCAAGCUGACUGAUAUUACAGGCCCCGUACAGCCCGCCAUUGCCAAGCUCGUACACCUAACGUUUCUCAGACUUGACAGGCUAAAUCUCACAGGGACAGUACCUGACUUUCUCAGCCAGCUCAAGAAUCUCACAUACUUGGACCUCUCUUUUAACGGCUUCUCUGGAUCAAUACCAAGCUCACUAGCUUUGCUGCCAAAUCUUGGUGCUCUUCACUUGGACAGGAACAAGCUUACGGGCUCGAUCCCAGAAUCAUUUGGUACCUUUAAAGGCAGCGUACCGGAUCUUUACUUGUCUCACAACCAACUUACUGGAGAAAUCCCUGCAUCAUUAGGGAACAUGGACUUCAGCGUCAUUGAUUUAUCUCGCAACAAACUUGUUGGUGAUGCUUCCAUGUUAUUUGGGCUAAACAAAACUACUAAUAAUGUGUAUCUCUCCAGGAAUCUAUUCGAAUUCAAUUUGUCAAAUGUGGUAUUUCCAAGUACCAUGGAAAAUCUGGACAUUAAUCACAACAAGAUUUUCGGUAGCAUUCCUCCACAAAUGACUCAGCUACCUUUGCAGUCCCUGAACGUGAGUUACAACAGGCUGUGUGGCCAGAUUCCGGUAGGUGGUAAGUUGCAGAGCUUUGAUUACUCCAGUUAUUUCCAUAACAGGUGCUUGUGCGGAGCUCCACUUGGAAACUGCAAAUAGUUCAGCGGGUAAAGAAGUAUUUCCAGUGUAAUAAGGAUUUGCAAUAUUUCUGAAAGCAACAUGUAUUGAGAAAAUAAGAUUAGUCAAAGAUAAGAAAUAUCUAUUAUUAUCUUUGUUUUCAAUUAUUCCUCCUUGUACUUAUUCAAGUCCAUUGAAUUCACAGAAAUUCGAGAGUAUUUGAAUCUUGCAUAA